CUUACUUACCAACCAACCAACCAACCAGCCAGCCAACCAAUCUUACCUACGAAUCUUACUCCCCUACCUCUCUCCCAUUCACGCGACUUACGAAAAUUACGAUAAAACGCUUCUAUAUUUACAUUUAGCUGAAGCGGCGAAUUGUAAACAACUACUGAAAAACAAAGCCACUGCCCCAACAACCAAAAUUCACUUGCCUGCUGUACUUAUUACUGGAUAACUUGAGGCAACUUUUACUACUACGAAAUCUCCAAGAAUAGCUCAAUCCGCAAUCAUUUACUUUUAUUUUAGCAUUCAUGCAACAAUAAAAGAUUAUUUGAUUUAUUACUACAUUAUUGCUACAUUGCUACAACCACUACAUUCUAUUCUUUGUUCCUUCAACGAUUCCACGUUUCACGUCUGUUUUUCAUUACGAGAUCACGGUUUUUCGUUUUGCUUUCGUUUUAUACCCUUCCUCAGGAUACCAUCCAAGUAAUCACAAUGUCAGCAGUUACAAAAAAACCCCCAGUGACUCUAGGAGCUGGUCGCAGAACAUCAUCAGAUACUUCAACUAUCAGUACUCCAUCAAGAACUGCAACACGUUCACCAACAAAGGACUCUUCACCUGCUACAAACGGAUCACACGCACGAAGUCGUUCAAUACGCAGUGGUACCCCAUUAUCCGCACGAUCUGCCAUGCAACGACCAGGCACUGGUACUUCCAAUCUCAGUUCGACUAGUGUGUCAUCUGUAGCAGAUGAUGAGGCCAGGGCUGAGAGUGUUGCUCUCUUGGAUGAUUUGAAAGAGAGACUCCGUAAGACAGAAACUAUAUCGGAGCAAUUUCAGAAACAAGCUCAAGUUCUUCAAUCAAGGUUGGAUGAAGCUUUGCAAGAUCAAGGGAAGUUGGAGGAUCGUUUACAUGAGAACGAAGAGAAAUUAGAGACUUUACAAAAUGAAAAAAGGGAUGCUCUUCGACAAAAGAGGGAGAUGGAAUCCAUUUAUGAAGCCGAGAGAAGUUCCAUGACAAAAGAAAGAGAAGAAAUGGCAAAUCGAGAGGAAGAGAUGCAGACAAUCAUUCAGCGAUUAAAGGAUUCUUUAUCGCAAAGAUCUUCGUCAGAUGAAGAAUCACGAUUGUCUAGGCGUUGUAAGUUGUCACAUUAUCUUCUAAACAAUUCGUUGUGCUAACAUUUGAAGCAAAUAAUACUUCACCGAAUGUCGAAAAUGGACAAUUCGCUCCUCCAUCUGGAUUGAACCGCAGCGACUCUCGCAACAAUUCUAAAUUACUUCUACAAAAAGAUAGACUUAUUGAAUCCCUGCGACUAGAAUUGGCAGAAGCUCAGAUCAAAUUGGUGGAAUCCGAAAAUAUGGGAGGUGGACGAAUGCAAGAGGUUGAAAAACUACUUUUGGAAGCACGAAUGACGAAUGCAAGAUUGAUGGAAGAUAACGAGAGUUUCCAAUUACUUUUACAAGAAAAGACGUUGAACGGCGAUUUCUCAAAAGAACAUUUCGAAUACAUGGGCGCAUCUUCAAACGCUGACGCGCUGAAUGCUCUCGAGGGACGAUCACCAGGAGCUUCUCUUGCAGACGAGCUUUCUGAACUUAACGACAAUGAAGGCGAGAAUGAUCAAUACCGUCGCCUUGAAGGAGAGUUGAAAUCUGCCAAGGACCAGAAUAAGGCUUUAACAUUAUAUAUCAACAAAAUCAUCGAGCGACUCCUUCAACAUCAAGAUUUCGAAACCAUUCUGGACUCGGACUUCAAAUCUGGAGAUACUAAAGGACCUGCAAAUAAGGAUAAAGAUCUCCCACCGCCACCAAAAGAACAAGCUAGUGGUGCAUCAAUUCUUCAACGUGCGAAGACUGUAGCUAUGGGAACUCGCAAACCAAGACCUCAAUCAGUUAUGCCAAUGAGCCAUUCAACACUCAAUCAGGAUCCCGAAACAGCCCCCAGCAUUCCAUUUGGAGUUGGCCGUUCAUCAAGUGUCCGACAAGGAGUUCGUCCCAAAUCAGAACAAUAUACCGGUAGUGGAGCAUCAAUCGUCAAUCAAAUGUACAGAGGUGGUCAAACCUCGCCCACCCUUCAUGGACCCCAAACACCCCGACACUCGCAAACCUUUUUUGCGGCUGGUCCAAUGACCGGUAAACCCGCUUCUCGCCAUACAUCUCUAAGUAGUGUCCCCACCGUGGGUAAUUUCUCGGGACUCAGGAGCGAAACUAGUAGUAUAAGCGGAGAUAGCGGUGAGGUCAGCACACCGCCGAGUACUUACAGUCCUCCACGAAAAGAAGCAAGAAAAUUCGCCGGAAACAAACCAAAACCGUUACAAUUGGUUCAGGAUAAAGAAGAAGAGGAAAAGAAGGCUAAGAGAGGAAGUUGGAUGGGUUGGGCUUUUGGUGGCGCAGCUGCUCAAAAGAAAGAGGAGAGUGCAGGGGCUGGAGCACCAAGUGAAGAUCCAAUUAUUGAAUAAUUGCGCAAUGUGCUAGGAUUUAUACACGGAGUGGUUGGAAAUUUGUGAAUGGGAAAGGAUAUGGGGUAAUAUCUGAUAAUGAUUACAGGGGAGAUAUGAUUGAAAAUUUGUGUGGAAUAAUGUUGUUGAAUAUGUUUGGUAUACUGUAGUCUCGGAAGAUUUGGUGGCUGGUGGAUAUAUUUUUCUUUUCUCUUUCUCUCUUCUCACAAUACCACAUGAGGACAUUAGUUUAUCCUUUGAUUGGUCAGUGGGUUGAUCAUAGAGGGUAGCUCAAAACUCCCCUCGAUUCUUUACUACCUACGUUUAGUUACCUACUUUUACAUCUACCUACUCCGUAGAUUAACAUCUCUCUUCUCUUUGGCCUGAGCUGGGUGCUUCUUGCUCGCUGGCGAGAAUUUGUUUGAUGCAUGUUUUGCAUAUUUUGAUACAUACAUGCUCAUUCUGUAUGUUUGUAUGUAUCUAUCUAUGUAUAUGAGAAUGAAUGGAUGAA